UUCCUCAUAGGUGCGGAUGCAAAGAUGGCGGAAGAGGAGAGCCAGUUUGAAGAAUUUGAGCAAAUAGACUUUUUAAGAGAUCGACAUGUACGAUUCUUCCAGAGGACGCUUCAAGUGCUGCCUGAGAGAUACGCAUCGCUGGAAACAACCAGGUUAACUAUCAUAUUUUUUGCCCUGUCUGGUCUCGAUGUGCUGGAUGCCCUUGAUGUGAUUGAUAGAAACACCAUGAUUGAGUGGAUCUACUCACUACAGGUUCUUCCCACAGAAGAUCAGUCUAACCUAAGUCGUUGUGGGUUUCGAGGAUCUUCCCAUAUUGGAAUUCCUUACAGCACUAAGGGUCCAGGUGUCCUCCAUCCAUACGACAGUGGCCAUGUAGCCAUGACCUACACUGGGCUGUGCUCACUGCUGAUUCUGGGAGACGACCUGAGUCGGGUUAAUAAACAGGCCUGUCUGGCUGGUCUCAGAGCGCUGCAACUGGAGGACGGCAGUUUCUACGCAGUGCCAGAAGGAAGUGAAAAUGACAUACGGUUUAUCUAUUGCGCAGCCAGUAUCUGUUAUAUGCUGGAUGAUUGGUCAGGCAUGGACAUUCAAAAGGCCAUCGAGUACAUCCGAGGAAGUUUGUCAUACGACAAUGGUUUUGGCCAGGGAGCUGGGCGAGAGUCACAUGGUGGCUGGACGUACUGCGCCAUAGCUUCUCUGUGUCUUAUGGGUCGACUGGAGGAGGCGCUGAGUCAACGGGAGCUGGACAGGAUCCGACGCUGGUGCAUCAUGAGGCAGCAGAGCGGUUUCCACGGGCGCCCCAACAAACCUGUAGACACGUGCUACUCCUUUUGGGUGGGAGCUACACUAGAGCUGUUAGAUGUAUUCCAGUAUACGAACUUUGACAGGAACAGGAGCUUCAUCCUGUCAACGCAGGAUCGGUUGGUGGGGGGCUUCGCCAAAUGGCCAGACAGCCAUCCAGACCCCCUCCACGCCUACUUGGGGCUGUGUGGUCUGUCUCUAAUCGGAGAGCCCAAUCUGAGGAAGGUCCACCCAGCUCUUAACAUCACCCAGAGAGCCUUUCAGCACCUCCAGCAGCUGCAGCAGACAUGGAAGGACAGCACUGGCAGCUGUAGCCGACAGCACUGACAGCAGGAUGAUCCACAGCGCUGCCUCUGAACAGGUUCAGUAAUCGGGAACAUCCAACGGUUAUCAGUCAAAGGCAACUGGACCUUUGCUGUUUGUCUUGAAGACGUUUGGCCACUUAUCUGAGAGGCCUUCUCCUUUCAGGAAUCAAGGAGGGUUUUUUUAAGACUGUAGUUACGAAGCAGUAACUUUGGAGCGCUCCUUUAAGUCCAUCUAAAGCAACUUUUCUGUUUAAGCAAUAUAACGCCACACUCUUUUGCUGCCUUUUUUUUAGUGCACAGUAGUAAAUAGCAGUGUGCAAUGUGGUUUGUGGGAAUAAAACGAUGUGCCAGAAAGUCAAAUUAGAGUCACUGGAAACUUGAAAAAAAUUCCAGUUGCCUCCAUUUUGCAAACUUUUUUAGAUAAUGGCCUUUUGAGGUUUCCUGCUCAUUAGCCUUAUCGGUAUAGUCAACGACACCUUCCUAGCCAAGGAUCAACUCGACUGACUCGCUUUACUUGGACAUACGAAAGUGAAUUUUACUCCCAAUUUGAGUGAGGGGAUCUCCAGGAUGCUUAGGGAACAUCUAAAUUGUCUUUGUAAAUGGUUCUGCAGUAAACUCACUUUAUGGUUUUGCUUUUGCCUAAUAAUGUCUAUAUUUUAAGCGAGCAUAAUUUGGUCAUUUUGGGCUUCAGUGAGGAAAUUAAAUGAUCUUGUUUUUUGGUUAAAGACAGAUAAAACAAUACAAGGCACUCUCCUCCAGACAACAGUGUUUUUUAUUUGCUGCUCUCCUAACAUUUCCAUCCUCACAUUAUUUGUGAACCUCUUUGAAGCCUCAAGCUCUCCUUUCCCAAAAGGGUUACCAGCCUGGCAGGUUUAUUCUCCUGAGCUUCUCACUUCUGCGUCCUCCAGUUUUACCACUGCAGGCUUUGCUCAGUGAUCAAGAUUUAAAUGAUAAUAAAACUGCUGGGGUGAAAUUUAUGGAAAAGGCAGUUAAAUGCCGACAACCUAAAGGGGCAAAUUUAUGACCAUUAGGGGGAAAAAACUCCUCAAAGAAGAUUUAAAAUAAACUUAGCUACAGGCCAUAUCAGAAAACAUAAUAUUUUCUAAAGGCUAAAAGAACAAUGGAUUGGGCCUCUAAAGGGAAUUUUGUAUGAAGGGGAAAAUCUCUUUGUCUCUGCAAGGUAGUAGCUGUUAGUUUUAACAGCAGAUCCCAUCCCAACACCUCGUGACUUCUGCACCUCUGAACUGAUCUCAACUGGUUCACUAGCUUCCAUACUCCCUGUGAGGCACUAGCCAGCCCUAGAUCAAUAGGAGAAAGAUGCACAAUGGUAUCCUAACCUGAGGAAAUGUAUCCCUUUGAACUGCAUUGGGAAUUCACAUGUUAUUUUCAGUACACAGAGGAUGCAGGGCAAAAAACAAAGAACAAUGACUAUGAGCAGAUUGUACCACCAGGAGUCAGGAAACAGAAACAUCUGUUAUCCAGAGUGCUGGUCACAUCACUCCUAAAAUAUUAAGACCUGACUGUGGUUUUGUAAGCCUACCAUCUACCCCCACAUUCCCCACCACCGAGGCAAAAUAGAUGCUCUGCACAUACGCUCACAAGCAGUAAAAGCCACGUGCAGCUCAUUCAAGUGACCUUCUUGCCCUUGACCUGAGAUACAAAUUGGAAAAAGGAGUGUUACAUUUCAAAGAUCCCACUGUGGUGACACUGCAAUUCUGAGUUGAACAUCAACCUGCACCUCUUGCCCUCACGAGUUCUGAUUCCCAGCAAGCAACAUUUCCACCUUCCUAGAUUUUUGCAGCCCCCUGCUGAAGCCACACCCUUUCAUGAUAUGGCCACUGUCUCAGCAAACACCUGAGGAGGAGGCAAUUUCACAGCAGGUCUGAAAUAUAGUCACUGUCGUGCAACACAUUACCUGCAGGAGUUCACUGUGUGUAGCCCCGCUUCUUACUGCAUAUGAAAAUUGUAUCACCCCUUUGGUUUUCAUUCCACCAUCUAAAAUAAAGCUCUCCCUGGUCUUCUUUCUAUUCCCGCUAAGUUGCCCUCCUUUUCAGACUUGGGGAACCAGACCAGGCAGACGUAGGAAAGGAGAGAAGAGGGGAGGAGAGGUGAAUAAAUAAAUAAUUUGAACCAUCUAUUAUUAAAAGUAAACUGUCGGAGGCUGAAAUCUCCUCUCUGAACCCAGACCAAACCCCCAGUGUCAUAUAACCUUGUUUUGGUGCAAAAACAAUUGCUUUUAAGCCAAUGUAAUGUUGGACCUCUGUUACUUUGUAUUUCUGCUUUACCUGAUUCAAUAGGCUUUGCUACAGUUCCUCUUGUCGAUCUUUUCUGAAAUGUUUUGUUAUUAUGGAAUCAUUUUACUUAUGCUGUCCUCAUUUUAGUCAGGUUUUUCUAUCACCAUCUUUUUCAAAAGUUGCAGCUGCUAGAUUGAGACGUAAAUGAUCUGAUAAUUUAAAUUCAAACAAAAUGUGCUUUUUAUUGAUUAAUCGUAUAAUGUCCUUAUAUCAUUACGAUAUCUUGGCGCUCUGGAUAUGUGUGGUCCUGAAUCUGAAGUAAUUUCAAGUGAUCUUGAGUCAAACAUGCACUGAAAGAAAACUACUGCUGCUGCUGCUGCACCACUGCAGAGCCAGAUCAAUUGAAAUUGAAUGCUGUCGAGCCCCAUGCAUCUUCUGACGCGACAUUUACUUCUAAUUAAAGUUCCUUAGGCUCCAUCUCUGUCCUCAGAAUACGUAGGCCAAGUCACAUGGCAAGAUAACUCGCUCAAACUUGACUCUGAAAUGUGCCUCAUGUGGCAUUGUUCUGGGUCAGUGCUCUCUGAAUGCUCCUGUUCUUCUGAUGUCCCUACAGCAUGCUUAAAUCGGGUUUAGUUAGGCUGCUUCUAACAACAAAGGUACUGAACAUUAGUGUUUCCUAGGGAUGAAGGAGGAAGCAUGUAUUCUAAAUGCAUGUAAAUAUUCGGAAAGAGGAACACCUGCUCUGUAAACUCUGCUUCCUCCUCCCAUCUUUGUUAAAUUUGCGUAAACAAUCAGAUGUACGCCGACUGGUACAAGUCGUUUUAGCCACAAUCUGGCUUUGUCCAUUCACGUCUGAUUGUCUAUUUUCCAGAAGGAGGGAAGAAUUCAUUGAGACAGAACCCAUAAAUGCUUACUCGACUUUAAAAAGGAUCAAUGGCUGGAUGCAUGGGUUUGCCACUUGCUGCAGAUGAAGGCUGCGUCUCAGCAGUUGCUAUAUUGCAUCUCUUUUUUUUUUUUUUUUGCCACAUCGCACUGCAGUCGAUGCUCUCAGUCCCACAGCACGUAAAGACCACAGGGACCACGGCUUUGCGCUUUCACUAUGGCUGCAGUCAGAGCUGUUUGGAUUGUCCAGAGAUGUGAAAGGAUUGUGAAAGCAUUUUGAGAUGCAGCCAAAAUGCCACACAUGGCGAAUCAUGAAACCUUGCUCUAUUGUCAAUUAAUAUAAAUAAUGUAAUGAUAGAUAAUGUAACAAUAAAUGUAAUGGAAUUUAUUUUUUCUAUGCUUUGUAGAAAUAUUGAGUGUAGAUACGUAUGUAAAUGUCUAUAAAUAUGUGACUUUUAUUGUGCAAGUGCUCAAGAAGAAAAAAUGUUUACAGCUACAUCAGUGAGACAGAUUGAGGAACUGCAUAUGCAAAUGUUGGCUUGUGAUGUACUGUAGUACUUCAGCUUUGAAUUUGGGGACUGUGAUGAUUCUAGCUUUGCAGUGCAAACUGUAUUUAUGGUAAAUAAAUCAUGUACUAACUUUUA